AUGGAUUAUCAGGUUCCCGCGGACCUAAAAAUCCUGGAGCAUGCUACUUUCGAUGGGACGGGGGAUCCCCGAGAACAUCUGGUAAGUUAUCAAGCUAAAAUGCAAGUCCUAGGGGUGGAAGAGCCACUUAUGUGCAAGGCUUUUCUCCCUACUCUCAAGGGACUCGCCCAAAAAUGGUUUCUGGCACUGCCAAGCCGUUCCAUUCGGUGCUUCAAUGAUUUGGCCGACCGAUUCCUUACUCACUACGCCGUAAACAUCAAGCCGCAGCGCAAUCUUACCCACCUGAGCGGGAUCAGUCAGGAUGAGGGAGAAGCUUUGAAAACAUAUCUGGCUCACUGGCAAAAGGAGGUACAAACCAUUGAGGGGUUAGAUGAGCAAGUGGCUAUCACCUUUUUCAUGGAUUCGCUCCGAGCGGGCAAAUUGUUUAUUGAUCUUCACAAUGAUCGCCCAAAGACGUAUGUGGAAGCUAUCCAAAGAGCCAGUCGUCAGGCACACACGGAAGAGGCUGUGAGACAAAAGCGGCAGCGAGAAGCUGCCGGGUCCAGCGCUAAGCGAUCACGACCUGAGUCCAGGAGUCGAACGGAACCUGAGCGCCCUAGUCGUACCGAGGUACGACGAGGAUCUGAAAGGGUGGGGGCUCCGCCCCCUCGCCUUACCGUAGCCCAACCCGUGCAUGAGGUUAAAGAUACCCUGCCUCCCCCUCCGCCUCUGAAACCUGGAGAUCAGCCCGAGAUCUUGCCCCCGGGAGGGGUCUCGUCGAAAUACUAUCAAUAUCACCGAUCGACUACACACACCACGGAGGAAUGUUCUUACCUGCGCAAAGAAAUAGAGGCAAUGAUACAAAAGGGUGUUCCGCCUCCACCUAAUCAAUGGAGGCGGUAUUCGCGUUCCGAUAAGACAGAUUCACGCUCUGAUCGAGGAAAACAACCCGCCUCUGAGGAAGAGGAGACUACUUGGAAGCACAAACCUGUUAUCAACAUGAUAGUAGGAGGACCGGAAGGAGGGGACUCAUCCGGCUCUUGGAAAGCUUGGGCUCGACAACUAUAUGUGGGAACCAUUUACGGUCGGGACGAUAGUCUAAAGAAGGUAUGUCGAGAACCCAUUUUGUUUAUUGAUGAUGACUUACCCCGAAGCCAACAUCUCCAUCGGGAUGCUUUGGUUAUUGCCAUGGACGUCCAUGGCACGGUAGUCCGAAGAGUCCUAGUGGACACAGGAAGUAGCGUGAACAUCUUGUAUCUAGAGGUGUUUGAGAGGUUGGGGUUACAACCUAACAAGCUAAAACCUUUGAAAACACCUUUGGCCGGUUUUACUGGGGAUUCAAUUGAGUCAGAGGGAUCCAUACGUUUACCGGUUGAAAUUGGGACCUUUCCCAACCUUCGAAGCAUAGACAUGGAGUUCGUGGUAGUCGACCUAUCCUGCUCCCAUAAUAUGAUCCUAGGGCGACCUGGAUUAGAAGAUCUGGGCGCUCUCAUCUCCCUCGAACAUCUUUGUCUGAAAUUCCGGACCCCCAAUGGAAUCGGAGUCGCCCGGUGCGACCAGAAGGUAGCUCGGGAUUGUUAUUUACAGUCCUGCCAAGAGAUUGGGAAAAAGGACCUGAGGAUUCACGCUAUCACUAGUCGGGAGGAACAGUUAAAGAGUCUUGACCGACCCGAGCCGGCGGUAGAACUAGAGGAAAUUGAAAUCGACCCUUCGCGCCCUGAAAGACGGGUAAAGAUCGGAGUGGGUUUGGCUGAGAAAGUCAAACAAGAAAUCAUCCAGGAACUACGAAAAUAUCAGAAGGUAUUUGCAUGGGGCCCUGAAGACAUGUCGGGAGUUGACCGGUCGGUCAUUUGCCAUCGACUGGCCGUCAACCCUAACCACAAACCGGUGAUUCAAAAGAAAAGAUACCUCUCGACGGAUCGACGUGAAUUCGUUAAGAAAGAGGUGGAAACCCUGAUGGCUACGCAGCAUAUCCGCGAGGUAAAGUACCCGGACUGGCUUGCCAACGUAGUGCUCAUGCCGAAGCCUCCCGCUUGGCGAAUGUGCGUGGAUUACACAGAUCUUAAUCAAGCUUACCCAAAAGAUCCUUUCCCUUUACCAAGGAUCGAUCAGUUAGUAGACGAGACGGCCGGCUGUGAUUUGUUGAGUUUCAUGGACGCCUUCCGAGGCUAUCAUCAAAUCUUCAUGCACCCCGCUGAUGAGGAGAAGACUGCUUUCAUUACUCCGAAUGGGGUAUACUGUUACCGGGUAAUGCCUUUUGGUUUAAAGAAUGCCGGGGCCACCUAUACCCGAAUGGUAGGACGAUUGUUCAGAGACUUGCUGGGGAAGUCCAUGGCAGCCUAUGUGGAUGACAUGCUUGUGAAAAGUAAAGACGAGAGAACCCAUGCAGGGGAUUUGGCAGCCACCUUUGCCAUAAUGGAAAAAUACAAUCUGCGAUUGAACCCAAAGAAGUGCGCCUUCGCGGUGCGAGGAGGAAAGUUCCUCGGUUAUAUGUGUUGGUCCCAAGGGGAUGGGACUCCGCCACUGCUAUCUACUCCAAAGGAAGGGGAAGUGUUAUUCCUUUAUCUGGCCGCUUCUCAAAAAGCUGUUAGUUCUGUGUUAAUCCGAGAGGAAGAGCGAGUACAACAUCCGGUCUAUUAUGUCAGUCGAGCUUUAAAAGCCUCAGAAAUUCGUUAUACCGCCUUGGAAAAGGUGGUGUACGCUCUGUGGGCCGUAGAGCUCACACAAUAUGGGAUUGAGUACCACCCUCGCCCCUCAGUGAAAGGUCAGGCCUUAGCCGAUUUUAUAGUAGAAUGCACCGCUCAGAGUCCUGAACCCAACGCCAAGGCCCCUGAGGAAGGGGAUUGGUGGGAAAUGCACGCUGAUGGAGCCGCCAGUCAGCACCAUUGCGGAGGUGGGAUCAUGUUGACGACUCCUAAAGGUUUCCGCUUAUACUAUUCAUUAACGUACGAGCUCAGAGUCUCGAAUAAUGAAGCCGAGUAUGAGGCCAUGAUCGGAGGAUUGCGGAUGGCCAAAGCCCUUAAAGUCCAGAGGAUCUGGAUAAAGACCGACUCCCGCUUAGUGGCCGGACAGGUAACCGGAACAUGUGAGGCGAAAAAUGAAAGACUCGGACGGUAUAAAAAAAUCAUUGAGGGACUUUUGGGUGAAUUUGAAGCUUAUGAGUUAGAGCACGUGCCCCGCGCUGAGAACACAAAGGCCGAUAUUCUGUCCAAAAUGGCCUUAGGAGGAAUACCGGAUAAUCUCAUCAGAAUCUGUCAGAAUGAACGAAUCUUGCUACCCAGCAUAGAACCAAAAGUCGUUCCAAAAGACGUUUGUAUCACUGAGGAACUGAACCCUGAGGAACAUCCAGAAGUAUUCUAG